AUGUCUUGGGUUUGGUCUAGUAUAUGUCAUGGUUUAGAUAUCCUUAAAGAGCAUGCCCAUUGGGAUAUUAUGAAUGGUAGGUACGUGAAUGCUUUCUCUUAUAACUGGAUUCUUAAUCCUUCAUUGCCUCUAUGUGUUAAUCAACCAAAUCCUAACUUUAAGGUAUCUGAAUUUAUUAUGCAUGAUACUAGAGAAUGGAAUGUUCCAUUAGUACAAGCUUUCUUCACUAGAGAAAAUUGCCUGAAAAUUUGUAUCAUGAGAGUUCCUAUCUCUGGUAAUGACACUUUGGUUUGGCCUUAUAAUAAGAAUGGGAGUCUUACUGUUAAGUCUGUCUACAAAUUGCUUGCUAAUAAACUUCCUCAUAAUUCGACCAAUAAUACUGAUAUUGAGGUCUAUAUGGCUAUUUGGAAAUCUCCUCUUUUGCCUAGAACUCAGCUCUUCUUAUGGAAAUGUGUUGAAAAUAUCAUUCCCACAGGUAGCAAGUUGGCUAGAUAUAAUAGAAAUCAUGAUGACAGAUGUAAGGUGUGUAAUUCUGAUGUUGUUGAAACUCCUGAGCAUAUGAUCCCUCAAUGUUCUUUUUCUAGAAAUGUUUGGUCUAACAUCCCUAUUGUAAGUAAUCUUAUUCUGCAGGACAUGAACUUUAACAUUAGUCUAAAAGACUGGAUUACUAAAUGGCUCACUUCUAGCCAAUUUCAGACUCAUCUAGUUACUGCCAUGAAUACUGCUUGGUGUAUUUGGAAGGAUAGGUGUUUUAAAGUCUUUGAAGACAAAACACCUAAUCCUCAGAUCACUGCUAGAACUUCCCUUAGGAUUUCUGAAGAUAUUUCGAAUAAUCUAGUGUCAACUCCUAAUACCAAUGCUACUCAUUCUGUGCAUGAUAAUAAUUCUGAUUUUCUGUAUCAAAUUUCCCAAAACAAUUUAAUAUUAUAUUGUGAUGCCUCUUUUGACAAAGACACUAACAAUUCUGGAAUUGGUAUUGUUGCAAUGAAUAAUGCAGGUGAAUUCAAAGGGUGCAAAUUAGUUUAUGGGAGAAAAGCAAGCUGUGAAGAUGCUGAAAGUGAUGCUCUUCUAGAAGCUGCUAAAUGGAUUAAGGAGAAGAAUCUUCAAGAUGUCUAUUUAGUCAGUGAUGCCAAAAAUGUAGUGGCAUAUCUUAAUAAUGUCAUAGGCCAAGCUAGUUGGACUUCUUGCUCAAUCCUAGAUGGUUGUUUAUUUCUUUUACAGAAUAUUAAUUUGAUUAGAUUUAAACAUGUCAAAAGAUCUUUUAAUGUUGCUGCAGACAUAGCUGCCAAGCAUAGUAGAGUUGGAAAUGUGUCAGGAGAAUGGGAUAGAAAUAACUGCCCACACUUUCUCCAAGAUAUUGUAAACUCUCGUUAA